CUUCUUCCUCUGUCCGCGGCGUAGUUACUGCAGACAGCUCCAGACAGGACAUGGCUCUGAAGACGCCCUCCGCGGAAUGCUCUCCUGCUCCAGGCUUUUAAACAACUGUCCUGGGGAGAGGAAGGUUUUACGUGUCCAAAUACAGCUUGACAAAUGGCACUUUGGAACUGUGCUUUCUGAUGACAACACGUUCGAUUUCUGACAAAGCCUCUCGCACGCUGCCCCUGGAGUGAAGUCCUAAGUAAAACUCAAACCCGCCUUAAAGUGAGGCUCUAGAGGACUUGCACCCUGAGACCGCAGCAUGGCAUCCGCCGGACGCGCUAUCACCUUGCUCCUGUGGGCUCACCUACUACUGGAGCUUUGGCCAGGAGGUCGCGCAGCGGAUACCCCCUACCCCCGGUUACGUCUAUCACAUAAAGAGCUCUUGGAUCUGAACAGAACAUCAAUAUUUCAUAGCCCUUUUGGAUUUCUUGAUCUCCAUACAAUGCUGCUGGAUGAAUAUCAAGAACGACUCUUUGUGGGAGGCAGGGACCUUGUGUAUUCCCUCAGCUUGGAACGAAUCAGUGAUGGCUACAGAGAGAUACACUGGCCUACUACAGCAGUAAAAAUAGAAGAAUGCAUAAUGAAAGGAAAAGAUGCAAAUGAAUGUGCAAAUUAUGUUCGGGUUUUACAUCAUUAUAAUAGGACGCACCUUCUGACCUGUGGUACUGGAGCUUUUGACCCACUUUGUGCCUUCAUCAGAGUUGGAUACCAUUUGGAGGAUCCUCUGUUUCACCUGGAACCACACAGAUCUGAACGAGGAAGGGGCAGAUGUCCUUUUGAUCCCAACUCUUCCUUUAUCUCCACUUUAAUUGGUAGUGAACUAUUUGCUGGACUCUACAGUGACUAUUGGGGCAGAGAUGCUGCCAUCUUCCGGAGCAUGGGGCGACUUGCCCAUAUUCGCACUGAGCAUGACGAUGAGCGUCUAUUGAAAGAACCAAAAUUUGUAGGUGCAUAUAUGAUUCCUGACAAUGAAGACCGAGAUGACAACAAAGUGUAUUUCUUUUUUACUGAGAAGGCCCUGGAGGAAGAAAGCAAUGCCCACUCGAUAUACACCAGAGUGGGGCGACUUUGCGUGAAUGAUGUGGGAGGGCAGAGAAUACUAGUGAAUAAAUGGAGCACGUUCCUCAAAGCAAGACUGGUUUGUUCAGUACCCGGAAUGAAUGGAAUUGAUACAUAUUUUGAUGAAUUAGAGGAUGUUUUUUUGCUGCCUACCAGAGAUCAUAAGAACCCAGUGAUAUUUGGACUGUUUAACACUACCAGUAAUAUAUUUAGAGGGCAUGCUAUUUGUGUCUAUCACAUGUCUAGCAUCCGGGCAGCUUUUAAUGGACCAUAUGCACAUAAAGAAGGACCUGAAUACCAUUGGUCACUCUAUGAAGGAAAAGUUCCUUACCCAAGGCCUGGUUCUUGUGCCAGCAAAGUGAAUGGAGGGAGGUAUGGGACCACCAAAGAUUACCCUGAUGAUGCCAUUCGAUUUGCGAGAAGCCAUCCACUAAUGUACCAGUCUAUAAAACCUGCUCAUAAGAAACCAAUAUUGGUAAAAACAGAUGGAAAAUAUAAUCUGAAACAAAUAGCUGUGGACAGAGUGGAAGCUGAGGAUGGCCAAUAUGAUGUCUUAUUUAUUGGUACAGAUACUGGAAUUGUCCUGAAAAUCAUCACAAUUUACAACCAAGAAACAGAAUCCAUGGAAGAAGUAAUUCUAGAAGAACUUCAGAUAUUCAAGGAUCCAGUUCCAAUUAUUUCUAUGGAGAUUUCUUCCAAGAGACAACAGCUGUAUAUUGGAUCUUCUUCUGCUGUGGCUCAAGUCAGGUUCCAUCAUUGUGACAUGUACGGAAGUGCUUGUGCUGACUGCUGUCUAGCUCGAGACCCUUACUGUGCCUGGGAUGGCAUAUCCUGUUCCCGGUAUUACCCAACAGGCACACAUGCAAAAAGACGGUUCCGCAGACAAGAUGUGCGGCAUGGAAAUGCAGCUCAGCAAUGCUUUGGACAGCAGUUUGUUGGAGAUGCUUUGGAUAAAACUGAAGAGCGACUGGCUUAUGGCAUAGAGAACAACAGUACUUUGCUGGAGUGUACCCCACGAUCUUUACAAGCAAAAGUCAUCUGGUUUGUACAGAAAGGACGUGAAACAAGAAAAGAGGAGGUAAUUCAUAGCUACACUUGGUGUCAAAAUAUGAUUAAAAAGUUUAAAACAAUAACAGCAUCAACAUUAAACAGGUUGAAUAAUAAAGCUGUAAAUCAUAUGUAUGAGACAUUAAUAGAAGCGUUCUUGUCUACUAGCAAGAAAGGCAAAGCAUCAGCUCUUUCAUCAAUUUAA